CGUUAUGGCGUUCAUCAUUGCUCGAUGGUUUUAUUCAUUGGUUUUUUUCAUUUUGCUGUUCGUAGUGCCAGGAGCAUGUGUUAGCUUUACCUUAAGACCUGAUGAUCCAAGCUAUGUUGAAGUGGGUAGCACUGCUUAUCUGAUGUGGGACUACAAACCAGUUAAUCAGCAGCCAAACAUUGUCUUCAGCGUAGCUGUCAAUGGGGUAUACACAACUAUGCUUGCUAGACAAGAUGGCGUUCUUCAGUAUUCUAAUAUCACUCCCUCUGCCUAUCAAGGGAGGGUCAAGUUAAAGGAACGAGCUACUCUGGUCGUAGAGAACAUAACUUCUCAGGAUAAUAAUGCUUCCUUCAAAUGUGAGCUUAUAGGAACUGGUUCAAGUAUUGUUCAGCUUAUUUUGUUAGAACAACCAAACAUUACCCAUUUAUCACUACCGAGUACUUACGUCGAAGGAUCCUCUGUUACCAUCAGCUGCACGGCCUCUGGAAACCCACCGCCGGAUGUGACGUGGAUAAGAAAUGGAGCAGAAAAAAGCUCAGGAAAGAAGGCAGCGUUUUUGAUAAUUGACACCUUACGUAGAGCAGACGACGGAUUGUACACUUGUCGAGCCAAUAACUCGGUCAAAAUUGUUGCACAGAAUACAACACUUGUGGUGCACUACAAACCUGUAGGUACGAAGCUAACGGCAAGUAUACCCAGUAACAGCAUAAUACAGGGAGGCGAGGUGACCUUCACUUGUUCUGUUGCGGCAGCAAAACCAUUGGUGUCAGAAUACACUUUUUUCCUUAAUGACUCUGAAAUAACAGCAUCUCCUAAGGGCAAUUACACCAUUGGCAAUGUUAGUCGAUCAUUACACCAUGGAAUUUACAAAUGUGUACCAAGAAAUUUUGUUGGAAACGGAUCAGAGGACUCUUUUGUACUUAAUGUAAAAGUUCCUGUACAGUUCACUGUUCUGCCACACAACGUCACAGAAAAUUUGACGAAUUCUUUUACUUUGAGUUGUGAUGCCUCGGGAUUUCCUGCACCCUCCAUAACAUGGAGAAAAUUUGACGGGGAAGUUUUUCACAAGAAAUAUCUGAAGAUCGAGAGGUGUAGCAAGAGUGAUGCAGGAGAAUAUAUAUGUACUGCUAGCAAUGGAGUGGGACCAAAAAAGACAGUAAAAGCUUAUGUAACUGUCCAAUAUCCACCUACAAUUCAGGAGGUCACCCAAUCAACUGAGAAGUCUUGGACUGGCCAGACAGUGACGUUGAAGUGUGUAUCUGAUGGUAUUCCGACACCGACACUCACCUGGUACGAACCUGAUGGAAAUGAAAAACAAAGUAUCAGAGCAAGAGAAAACAAAGUGCGAGUGACACUCAUGGGUGAUCAAGAUUUUGGUUAUUACAACUGUAAUGCAGCCAAUGGACUGAUUCCUGCUCACGACAGAAUAAUUAAGAUAACGCAGAUAAAGACACCAGGCAUCCCAUCCAUAGUAGUGGAGACUCAAGCCAGUUCACUAACAGUAAGAUGGACUGCACCAGCUGAUGAUGGAGGAAGUCCUAUCACAGCUCACCGAUUGAUCAUACUAAAGGGUGACACUGAGAUAAAUAUAGUUAAUAUUACUGAUCCUGGUACAACAAGUUACACUUUUGUUAAUCUGGAGAGAGAUACAGACUACACAGUGAAAGUAUUAUCAAGAAAUUUUGUAUUUGAGGGGAACGCAGUGGUGAAGGUGGUAAAGACUGCGUUUAAAGGGCCCCCAGCAACAGUAGAAAUAGAAGACCUCCCCACUGAAGUAACAGAAAGCACAAUUACUCUAAGGUGGAGGAAGCCAAGAAAUAAUGGAAAAGAAAUAACAAAGUACACUGUGUAUCAGAGGAUUAUUAAAGAUGCUAAUCACGCAAAUUGGACAAAACUACAGACAAUUAUGGAUGUCUCGGUCACACAAGUGGAGGUUAAGCUGGACAAAGGCAAAGUAUAUGAAUUUGCGGUAACUGCGACAAAUGAACUUGGCGAAAGUGUAUUACAAGAAGAGAUGGCUAAGAAAGUUAAGAGAGUAGAAAAGCCAACUGGUAGGGAUGGCUCUCAGACUGGUGGUGGUGAUGAUGGAAUGAACAUUGCCAUCUACGCGGGAGCUGCUGCAGCCGUUGUCCUGCUCAUUAUUGGUAUCAUCGUGAUCAUUGUUCUUUGGAAACGCAGGAAGCCUUCAAUUCACGAGGAAGUAUCUGUGGAUAGGGUAGAAAGUGCAAAUCAUUACGAAGCUGACGAUGGAUAUCAGGAGGUUAGUAGAGCUGAAGCUGCCCAGAGUCUUCAAGCAUCCGGUUCUGAGACUGAGGCUAGCUAUGCACUGGUUGAUAUGACUAAAAAGAAGAAGAACAAACAACCACCAUCCGAUGAAUAUGCCCAGGUGGACAUGUCGCAAAAGACAAAGAAGAAACAUAAGGGUCAAGAAUCUCCACAAGAAAAUCAGCACACAAGAUUUACAAACGUUGGGGGAGAUUUCAUGUUAAAUGAUGAGCGGUCUCCCCCAUUGCAGUCACAGAGCUCAGGAAACCCAACUUCCGAGCAAAUUCUGGUUUCCUCGGAGUACAUGCCACUUAAUCAAGCAACAAAAUCUCCAAUCUGGGAAAUAAGACGGGAACAAGUUCACAUAAUGGAAAUGAUUGGAAAGGGUGCUUUUUCCCAGGUUGCAAAGGCAGUAGCUUUUUUAAAUAUCAAUGGAACAGAAGGACAGAUAAUUGUAGCAGUAAAAAUGCUAAAAGAAAAUGCUCCAGAAUCAGACAGAAAGGAUCUCCUAUCAGAGCUUGAGUUAAUGAAGAAACUAAAGCCCCAUCCUCAUGUUAUUAAACUGAUGGGAUGCAUCACCAACUCUGAUCCUUUACUUGUUUUGAUUGAGCACAUACCUUAUGGUGAUCUGUUGGGUUACCUGAGAAGGAGUCGUGGCCUAAUUGACACAUAUUUUAAAGACCCGGAUGUUAAACCUGAGACGAACCUUACCUCAGAGCAACUGGUGCGAUUUGCGUGGCAGAUUGCUGAUGGAAUGAAAUACCUAUCUUCAAAGAAGAUCAUCCACCGUGACUUAGCGGCCAGAAAUGUUCUUGUUGGUGAAGGAGAAGGAUGUAAAGUGACAGAUUUUGGAAUGGCGAGGAAUGUUGGCCAGGAUGAUAUCUACACCAGGCGUAGAGGGGUGAGGAAGGUUUUAAAAACCUAUGAAAUAGAAAGAGCACAGGCAAUACUUAUUAGAAGUUUAAAUAGCCAAUACUUUAGUUUUCUCUUAACUGAAAUCGGCCGAAUAUGA